AUGGAUAGGGGCUAUGUUCAUCUGCCGUCCUACGUGGAUUAUUAUGUCCACCAGGCUGGAAAUGGCCUUCUGGGAUUUCAAGGACCCCUCACCAUGUAUGGGUCGGGACUAGGAGACAACAGGCCCCUGGAGUUCUACGUGGCUGGAAAUGGGGAGGAUUACCUCGACUUGAACAACACUUUUUUACAUCUGGCCUGCAAAAUCCUUAACCCCGACGGUUCCAACAUAACUAACGAUGCAGUUCAAAAACCAAACCAGUCAGAUCGGUUAAAAACAGGAGAUUUGAAAACUUUUAGGGGGAGAAACAAGCAUGAAUUUCACAAAGUGAUUAAUGAAAGUUGCUAUUGUGGUUUUGUCUUCUCUCCAAAUAAAUUAUUUCAGAACUCCAUCCGUCACAAUCUCUCUCUGAAUAAAUGCUUCAUAAAAGUUCCAAGGCAGAAGGAUGAGCCUGGAAAGGGUGGCUUCUGGAAGAUUGAUCCGGAAUAUGCUGAACGUCUCCUGACUGGGGCUUAUAAGAAGCAAAGGAUGCCUCCAGUACAGAUUAACCCAGCUCUUAAAAAUCAACUUGGAACGAUCUCACAGCCAGUUAUGCCUGCGCCAACAGAUGUCAUGGGUUUUCGCCAUGUUGAUCCUGAGUCACAGCAGCUCUUAGAAGAAUUUGAGGAAGUCACUAGACUUGACCAGAACUGGGACCCUCACCUAGCAGAAACCACUUUAUCUGAUUGCUGGAGCACAGUAAAAGGCCCCAAAAGAAAACAGCCAUAUGGCCACUGGGCUGGAAGUGCCCAAGCUCUGUGUCGCUCAAGCUCCCCACUGCUGGCCAUGGAGGAACCAAAGGUUCUGGGAUCUCUUAUGGGUAAUUUUGACUGGGAUGCUCUGCUAAAUUCAGCCCUAAAUGAGGAUUUGAGCCUGAAUGAGUGUGGUCCUCUGAGCCCAAUACCACAAGAUCAGAACCUCAUGGUACCUGGCAUUCAUGUUAAUUCCCUGGGGGCCUCUGUCAAUACUACAGAAAGUAACAUGCUAAUAGAAACACAAAAGGACCGUGAUGUAGACCUUGACAAAGAGACAUUCUUAGCCACAGAAUUUUUACAGAGUCCUUGGAUAGAAGAAGAAGCGGGGAACCAUCCUGAUUUUCUUUCAAUGUCUACUGUUAACAUCAAUCAACUCUUUGAUCUGGGAGGCUCACUCAGUGAUGAUCUUGACAGUAAAAUUGAAUCUCUUCUCUGAAUAGUCAUCAGUAUCUUUUGAGACAGAUAAUAUCUAACCAAUACCAUUGAAAUAUUAUGAGUGGAGAGAGCUGUUUUAUACCAAAGAGUAAAAAAUUUUGGUCCAUUGCAUUUCCAUUUUAUAUAUUUUUUUCAUAUUUUUCAUAUUUUUUUCAUAUUAUAUUUGCAUUUUUUUGUUUGUUUGUUUGUUUGUUUGUUUAUUGGCAAGUGAUUUAUCAAAAAGCCACUGAUCAAAAACUGCCACAACAGUGGGUUCUUCUAAAAGAACUAAAAUCUAAUUCUUCAUGACUGGACUGUGAAACCAGAAUUGGACAACAAUGAAAUUGCAGACAGAAACAGUGCAUAAAUGAAUGGCAAAAAUGUAAUCUUAACAGUGUAGUUGUUCAUUUUAACUAACUGCAGUUACAAUUAAGCAAUAAAUAAUUUCUAGCAUCUACAAAUAAAAAGAAGUUAUAAAGGUAAUCAUGUAUUGCAAUUGAGGUACCUGCUUGGAAGGAAUAAAAUAAAAUAUGCAAAUAAACAUAUAUCACAAUGAUAAUACUGGACUCCUAGCUAUGCCUAGCUAUGAGGUUGCAUAUACUGAAACUGUUUUCAUUCACAUUACAACAGAAAAGGUGGAUGCAGUCUUUUCAUGUCAAAUACUAACAAUAAAAUUGUACAUUAACAAUAGUAUGUAUUAGAAUGGUGAUUUUGGCUGCUUUUUACUUUAUAUAUGCUACCUCUAGGUCAAAUUAUUCGUAAACAUGGAAUUAGCUUCCACGGUUAUGCUGAUGAUACACAGUUGUAUGUUUCAGGGAAGCCAGAGGACAGACAGCAGCUUAAUAAAUUUGAGGAAUGUGUAAAGGACAUUAGACGUUGGAUGCUAACUAACUUCCUUUUACUUAAUUCUGAUAAGACAGAAGUACUUGUAUUAGGACCACGUGUAGCUAGAAGUAAGCUUUCUGAUCACAUAGUAAAUCUGGAUGGACUUUCUGUUUCAUCAUGUACAGCAGUAAAAGACCUUGGUGUGAUUAUAGACUCCAGCCUAUCAUUUGAUGCUCAUGUAGAUAAUAUUACUAGGAUAGGUUACUAGGAUAGAUAAUAUUACUAGGAUCUAAGAUAAGAAAUAUAAUGUCACUACAUGAUGCAGAAAUAUUAGUUCAUGCUUUCCUCACCUCUAGACUAGAUUACUGAAAUGCCUUACUGUCUGGAUGUUCCAUUAGGAGCAUAAACAAACUCCAGUUAGUCCAGAAUGCAGCUGCUAGAGUCUUAACUAGAACCAGAAGACACUACCACAUCACUCCGAUCUUAUCAACACUGCAUUGGCUCCCAGUGAAAUCUUGCAUUGAUUAUAAAAUACUAUUAUUAACCUAUAAAGCACUAAAUGGCCUCGCGCCACAGUAUCUAGGUGACCUUUUGGUUUUCUAUGAUCCGCCACGCCUACUUAGAUCAAAAGAUGCACGCUAUUCGACGGUACCUCGAAUAGCGAAGGCUACAGCAGGGGGAAGAGCUUUCUAUUAUAGAGCCCCACAUUUAUGGAACAGCCUUCCAAUUAGUGUUUGGGACUCAGAGACAAUCUCAGUGUUUACAUCUAGGCUUAAAACAUAUUUGUUUACUCAAGCCUACCCUGACUAGACUUUCUGUUACGCUAAGCACAGUCCUAAUAAUCUUUUCUCUCCCUCUCUUCUUCUGUCGAGGCACACACGAUUUUAUGGAGAUACUAGAGAUCCUGAUCCUUUCUGCUCUCCGGACCUGCCUGAUCCAUUUCAGAUGUCCUACCUCUGGAUGGAGCUCUCAUCUACUCCAAUUCCAGAUUGCUGGGACUACGGCUGCUUCUAAGGCCAAAUAGACUUCAUAUAAAUUCAUAAUUAACUUUUACACACUAUCUGUUGUUACCCAGAUGAGGAUGGGUUCCAUUCUGAAUCUGGUUCCUCUCAAGGUUUCUUCCUCUUUACAUCUUAGGGAGUUUUUCCUUGCCACCGUCGCCUCCGGCUUGCUCAAAUUCUUGGGAUAAAUUCGCACUUUUAAUAUCUGUAUACCGUGUUUAUAUGUUUCUGUAAAGCUGCUUUGAGACAAGGUCUAUUGUAAAAUGUGCUAUACAAAUAAAAUUGAAUUGAAAAAAAAAUAUGUUUGAACAGGAGCACACAACUGGAAAGAGUGGAAAGAGGGUGACAAUUACAUAGAGAUAAAGAAAAAGAAACACAACAAAGACCAUGGCAGCCAGGUUCAAGCUUUGCCAUGUGUAAUCCUUUUGGCCAUGUCUCUACUUUGAAUGGGCAAGUCCAGACCUGCUUAGCAACUGGGCGGGAGGCAAGCCAAAUUUACUGCAGUAUGUCACUAGGCCUCAGUAAAAAAAAGUUUUUAAAAGGUACAUAAAAGCUUCCCAUAUAUUAUAUCCUUUUUUUAAAAAAUCACUUUAUUUAAAGGAUGCCCUCCAGUA